AUGGAAACCUCGAGAACCUUUUCCGUCUCAUUCCGUGCUGCUUCGACGAUGACCACUCCGUUGGUAAUCCCUGCUUUGCUCGCUUCGUUCCCUCUGCCGUCGGGGAAGGCUGUUUCUAUGCCGAGGACUUGGGUAGCAGAUGAACGCGCAAGUGGGCUCAGAUGCACCUCACAUGCGUCCUACCCCUGCCAAGAAGGCCUCCAGCUGCCUGAGAUCUGCUUCCAACCCUCGGCCUCGCUUCCCAACACCAACGGCUCGGUUCGACUUUCACUAGAACAGUUCCAAUGUCUGGAUGACAACGCCUUCGCUUGGGACCGCUUGGACAAUAAUUUCAUCUGGGAAGAUCUGCCGACAGGUUUCGGCUUGCCGACGGAUGUGAAUCGCUUCUGUCUCUUCACAUUGCUCUGCUGGAGUGAUGACCAUGCUGAAGGGUCGGGUGUGUCUCGAUCGGCCAAAAGUUGGUUAACAAGAGAAAAGCGAAGCAAGGUCUUCCAGCAAUGGUAA